AUGAAUGAAUCCACCGUUCACUACAUCAAGAAGGAUGAGGUUAACAUUAGGAAGAUGUCUGCCAUCACUUUUAAUAAGUCAGAGAAGAGAGUGGUUAUGGCUCGUAAUAAAACGAUCAUCCGUAUGGAAGCUGCUUUAGCUGUAUGGAUAGCUGACUGCCAAAAGAAGAACAUAGCCUUGGAUACGAACAUCAUCCAAACAAAGACUAGGAGCCUGUACAAGACUUUCGCUGCUAAGGAAUCUGAGGAUGACAGUGGUGACCACGAAGAAGAUGAAGACGAUGUAGAAGAUCAGCAACCAGGGACGUCCAGUGAUUCACAACCUAAAAAACAUCCUUUUUCUGCUAGCAAAGGGUGGUUUGUUAAGUUUCAGAAACACUUCGGCCUAAAAAGUGUUUCCCUGCAUGGCGAGGCUGCUUCUGCUGACAAGAGCGCUACUGAAACAUAUGUGAAUGAAACUUUCAAAAAGAUUAUCUCCGAAGGUGGAUAUAAGCCUGAACAAGUUUUUAAUAUGGACAAGAUGAGCUUGUUUUGGAAAAGAAUGCUGUCGCAAACUUUCCUGUUCAAAGAUGAAUCAAAAGCCUCUGGCUUUAAAGUAUACAAGGAUUACGUGACCCUCGUGAUGUGUGGCAAUGCUGCGGGAUUUUUGUUAAAGCCAGGAAUUAAUUACAAGUCUAAAAACCCAAGGGCUUUAAAAAACAAAAACAAGAAUCUGCUACCCAUACAUUGGAUGCACGAUCCAAAGGCAUGGAUAACGAAGAUGCUGACCUUCGACUGGUUCCACCAGUGUUUUAUCAUGCAAGUCAAGGUGUAUCUACUAGAGAAGGGCUUGCCUUUCGAAAUUCUCCUUAUGGAUAAUUCUGGUGGCCACACUACUGAUCUGUCGCAUGAGGGCAUUCAGACUGAGUACCUGCUGCCCAACACUACGUCACUUAUUCAACCAGUGGACCAGGGAGUUAUCAGGGUGUUCAAAGCCCUAUACACGAGGAAUGUCCUGGUGAAACUGGUUGCUUCUGUGGAUGCGCCCAAGAAGAUGAAGACGAAAAUUUUAACAUGA